CUUCUCGACGCCGUGUUCAAAGAAUAUGGAUUCGAUGAAUCGUGUCGACCGGUGUUUGCCCUCUGGCUGGUCUCCGACGAGCUUUCCCUCCAACUCAAGAAGGAGCACAAGGUUCUGCACCAUAUGGCUCCAAAGAAAUGGGCAAAUUCUGUGGAGCGCUGGGGAACGCCGCUGGAAGGGAGAGACGCGCGAAAGCCCAGCAAACCGCGGCUUGUCUUCCGCCAUAAUGCUCAUUGCCCAUUAGCCGAGGAGAAAAAGGCAGGAUUCAACGACAAGGCCCUAUAUCUGCUGUACGAGGAGGCGCGCGGUCUUUUUCUGCGCGGCUUCUACCCAUGCGAUGCUCAGGAUGCCAUCACCCUGGCCGCCAUCUCGUUGGCAAUCAUCUACGGCCCAAAACAUACUGUCAGCGCGCCUAACCUGAAGGUAGUGAUGCCGCCGCACUUGGCCAAUAAGGAACCCAAACGCACGUUGAUGAACAUUGCCAAGGAAUACGAAACGCUGCAAAAUCAGAACCUUCUGUCCCUACAGCUGACCUCACUUUUUGAUGCCCAGCUGUACCUUACCAAGCCGUUCCAAACGAUAAUCCCGGUCCGCGUGGGCGUAAACGACGAUGGGAUCCACGUGAUCAACGACGAGACCAAGGCCUUGGUCUUCCGGUUUUCACUUCAGCACCUGGUGUGGACACCGCCAGAUGAUAAGCCGUACAUUGACAUGCAGAGCCCAAGGAUCAUGGAAUUUCGGAUUGCCACGAAACAGGCGGCCCAUAUCCACCAGCUACUCUCGACGCUUUGCGGUAAGCCGAUGACCCCAUCCUCCCCACCAUCCAGCGCCUCCAUUUCCGCACGA